GUAAGAGUCUGAGGUCAGAUUUGAACUUUAACUUUAGAAGCUGUAUUGAAUCAUCCUUAGACUUAGAAAAAUGACUUGUAAGUAAUUUAUUCCUUGUAGAAUCAUUUAAGAAAAUCAAUUGGCUACUACCCUUCCCCCCCCCCAAAGCUGGGCCAUCUUUUAAAUCAGUUCAUUCUUGGCAUUCAGAGUUAGACUGACCUGACCCUAACCCCUGGAUCAAUGCUAACAGGGCCUUGUUGAAAGCAUUCACUUGGAAAAUGGUUUUGUCAUCCCUGCAAGGCAGAGGCUGGUGACUUUUCCGGUGUGUUAAUGCAGACCUGACCCUCACCUGCUAAGGGAUGGCUUUUGCUGCCCUGCACUCAGUAAGGUGGGAGGAAUGCCUGCCCAUCUCCAUUACCCAGCAUUCCAGAACUUGAGAACACUUCACCCUAUCCUUCCUCAAGGAGGGACAGCUCCUAAUGUGGGCUUACUAGUAACUGUCCAAUCUCCAGUAGGAGAUUUUAAGCAAACUUCAAAGUAACCUCUUUGCGGAUACUGCUCAAUGGGGACAUUAACCCCAGUUAAGGAGAAUAAUCCCAGAAGGCACUGGCGUUGGCUGCUAGUAAGGCAGUCCUAAGGAAUCUGUGUGCUGAUUCUGGGACGUGUGCCCGGGGGUAAGCAGGGGCAUUCCUCUCACCCUCCACCUCCACUCUCCCCAAUUCCCGGCAGUGGGUGUCAAUGACAUGUGGUUGGAAUCCCGCAAGGCUCCCCGCCUGUGAUGAUGCCCCUGAUCGUUUACAGCGAGAAGCUGGAGAAAGUGAUUUUUCUCCCCUUCCCCUCACACACAAAGGCAAACCCCAGGCUCCCAGGCUUUCAGAGAAAGGUUCAUUUCACAGUGGGGCUGCAAAGCCAUGCGGGUGGUGGCUGUGCUGGCUCCUCCGCGCUUCAUCCAGGCGGGCGCCAACAGGCUGGGAAUGUGCGGGGUAGGGUCCUGAGCAGCUGCGGCAGCUGCGUCGGACCAAGAGUGCUCGCUCACACACACACACGCACACACACACACACACAAUCUCUCUCUCUCUCUCUCUCUCUCUCUCUCUCUCUCUCUCUCUCUCUCUCUCUCUCUCUCUCUCUCUCUCUCUCUCUCUCUCUCUCUCCCUCCCUCCAAUGGCUGCGCCUGGGCUUGGGAGACUGACUCGCCUUUGAUCAGACGUGCCUUCUUCAGCUGCGGAGCUCGCCAGUACAGUGCUCUGGGGUACACCGGCCGUGAACCCCAUUCUGCGGUAAAGCUGCCUGCAUUGAUUCCCAAUCAGCAGCCCGAGGCAUUGAGGAGGCGCGCUGGACCUCGGUCCGCCCAGCUAAACUGCGACUGCACAGCUUUGGGCUCUCUGAAAAGCUGGGCUGGCUUUCUCUGCCUAAUCAAUCAGGGGGCAUUGUCGCCCAGCAAGGCUUGGCCAGAUCUCUCUGCGCCCCUGCCCGCGUGAGCAAGUUCGGUGACUGGCUGUUUCCUUGUAUCCCAGGGACAGAGGCUGUCCUGCACCAAGCUCAGACUUGUGCUCCUCGCACUUUGGAGGCAGCUUGGAAAGGGGGAGCUGAAGCUGCUUCCAUUGACAGUACCCAGAGAGGGAGAGAGGGGGAGAGGGAGGGCAAGAAGAAGGAGGGAGGGGAAAGAGGCGAACCUUGAAUCACUCAGCAUCCCGUGGCUGGUUUCUCAGAUCCUAAGAAGGUUACUGUGUUGACUGAGACUUGGGCUGGGAACAUAGGAAGCAAUGCAAGUCUCCAUAGCUUGUACAGAACACAAUCUGAAGAGUCGGAAUGGUGAUGAUAGGCUUAUGAGCAAACAGAACACCACUGCCCCGAAUGUAGUGAAUGCAGCCCGGGCGAAAUUCCGGACAGUUGCUAUCAUUGCUCGAAGUUUGGGAACGUUCACCCCUCAGCAUCAUAUUUCUCUGAAAGAGUCAACCGCAAAGCAGACUGGCAUGAAAUAUAGGAAUCUUGGGAAAUCAGGACUCAGAGUUUCCUGCUUGGGCCUUGGAACAUGGGUCACAUUUGGAGGUCAAAUUUCAGAUGAGGUUGCUGAAAGACUAAUGACAAUUGCCUACGAGAGUGGCGUCAACCUCUUUGACACUGCGGAGGUCUAUGCUGCUGGCAAGGCUGAAGUGAUCCUUGGAAGCAUCAUCAAGAGGAAGGGAUGGAGGAGAUCCAGCCUGGUCAUAACAACCAAACUCUACUGGGGUGGAAAAGCUGAGACGGAAAGAGGAUUGUCACGAAAACACAUCAUCGAAGGACUGAAGGGUUCCCUCCAGAGACUGCAGCUUGAAUAUGUGGAUGUUGUCUUUGCCAAUCGGCCUGACAGUAACACACCCAUGGAAGAAAUUGUGCGAGCGAUGACCCACGUGAUUAACCAGGGGAUGGCCAUGUACUGGGGCACGUCAAGAUGGAGUGCGAUGGAGAUCAUGGAAGCCUAUUCUGUAGCAAGACAGUUCAACAUGAUUCCACCAGUAUGUGAACAAGCUGAGUACCAUCUUUUCCAAAGAGAGAAGGUUGAGGUACAAUUGCCGGAACUAUACCACAAGAUAGGGGUUGGGGCAAUGACCUGGUCUCCCCUCGCCUGUGGGAUCAUCUCAGGGAAAUAUGGCAACGGCGUGCCUGAAAGCUCCAGAGCAUCACUCAAGUGCUACCAGUGGCUGAAGGAAAAAAUCGUAAGUGAAGAAGGAAGAAAACAGCAAAACAAGCUAAAGGACCUUACUCCGAUAGCCGAGCGCCUGGGCUGCACCCUCCCUCAGCUGGCAGUUGCAUGGUGCCUGCGGAAUGAGGGAGUAAGCUCUGUUCUCCUGGGGUGUUCCAAUCCUGAGCAACUUAUAGAAAACCUCGGUGCCAUUCAGGUUCUCCCAAAGAUGACUUCGCAUGUGGUGAAUGAGAUCGACAACAUCCUGCGGAACAAGCCCUACAGCAAAAAGGAUUAUCGCUCCUAAUCCAUUGCAUGAGCCCAUGGAAGUGCAUGGUUAAACGAGGGGCUUGUCCGCAGGUCCGAACUGUACCAACAUCCAGUCAUCCGAGUCCCUUAGCAGCCUCUAGCGUUCCCGGAUCCUCCGCGGUGUCUGCUGUUGCUACCGCGUGCGCCGACAUCCGAAAGCACAUCGAAGACUUCACCACCGACAAUAGCGAUUCUAUUUUCUUAUCUAUGACUAAAGCGUCGAUCCCUGCGUUGUUGCUCUGUGUACCUCAUGCUUAUGCAAUGAAAAGUAGAUGGAAUAUAUCCAUAUAUUAAAAAAGAUUUAUAACCUUCAGGUCUUCGGUAACAUAAAGAAGGCUGUACAGAUCUAUUUUUUCAAAUGAACAAAACCCACAGAUGCGAUUGUGAGAACUUAAAACGGACGGAUGACUCGGCUAGAAAGGCUUGGUGAGGCUUAGGAAGCAGGCAUCAUUUCGGGUCUCUUUUUUUCUAAAAUCAAGUUUUCUUUCACUUGGUCAUUAACAGAGCUGUUCGUUAUUGUUUAUCCAGGGGGACCUGGGCACAUCCUGGCACAGAGUCCCCCCAGCAUGGAAACUCCCUCCCCCGAGGCGGAUUGGCAAUGUAUGCAUAAUAUAGUCCUAGCGGGUUCCCUGGGGCACAGAGAGAUGAAGUGACAUCUUGGCCACACAGCAAGGAUGUGUCUCAGGCAGGACUUGAACUCAGGUCUUUCCAAUUCCAAAGGCAGCCUCUCACUUGUCUGUGUUACCUUUCCUUUUGCAGUUUUAUCCGUUGCGGUUUCUCUGCCUUUGUCAGUGUUCAGUAAUGUUGUGUUCUUACAGAUUAAAUGAAGAGUUGUGAAGAGGAUGGAUCCCGUCAGAACUCCCCGGAGAUGUUAGGGUGACUUUAGAAAGGGAGAUGAGUGAGCCCUCUAUGGAAUCUUAGUUCUGAAUAAAUCAUAAGCCAAUGUAUGUAUCCGCAACAAAAUAUUCACUGUUGUCUCUAGUUGAUUCAAAGCUCUUCAUACAUUUGACUGCUUGUAGGUUUAGCUUCUGGAAGCUUCACUAGUUGAGCUUUUAAGACAUACACGUGCUCAGUUGCAAUUUAAUAUUAUAUAAUACCCAGAAAAAGCAAAUGUUCGACCCUAAAAGGAACAACCUAACGCUUAGUAUUGGGGAGAGAUGUCCCACGAAGCAGGUCCUGCCUUUCCUGGAGGUGCUGGGUCACCUAGGCAGUAGCCCCUGGUCAGUGUGGAACCAAUCCCUCACUGACCCAACCGAGAAAUAAGGGAAACCUUCCUUCCUGGCAACUCCAACCCCAACAGGCUCAUUAAGCCGUAGCAUGCAUGAGAAGCAGCAUGGGCUAAAAUCAAACCUGUCUGGUCAGGCACUGGUCAAGCUUGGACUUGAGCUGUGAUGCACCCUGUGGCUGAACGAACCCCUUUAUUGUUCCGUCAUCCCCCUAAUGGAAAUGCUGGGGGCUCCCCCCAUCCCUCAGAGGAGAGAAAGCCUGUCUUUGGGUUGGGGAUCCAGAAAUGAUCCCAUCACUGGGAAGAAGUACAACAUUUCAGCCUUCAUUUUCUCAGCAAUGGGACCGUGUCACUUUUAUAUGAACCCAAAGAACACGGGAUGGUAGAAUUAAUCUAGACUUAUAUUUACUUUCUUUACAGAGAUGAGAGGUUCACUGCUGAAUCUGAAAGGGUGAACGUGGGGCACCAGUCAUUUUUCUUUGAUGAUCACGAACCUGUAACUAUUUCACAGAGAUCAUUUUGUUCCCCAUUCCUGUCCUCAUCCACCCUGAGUGUCAGAUUCAUGAUGGAAAAAAAAAACAAACCACCUUUAAGAUUCAUUUUGUAUUCCAGCUGACAGUCUACCAUGUGUAUACAUCAGAUGUGGUGCCAUGUGUCAGGAACUGCAAUCUAUUUACUGUACAUUUGCUUGGAGAUAAUAAAAGUAUUUUGUGCAUCUUA